AUGGUUUCUACAACAAACGAGAGUGAAGCCCUUGUACUACAAGGAUUCACGGUCCUUCAAGUCAAGGGUAGUGAACGCAGCCAUGCAUCUCAUUACCUGUUUCUCCGACCACACUCUUCACCCUUCAGCUGUGCGGAGUGGCCAGAGGGAAAGACACUUGUGGUGUACAGUGUACCGCCAUAUUGUAGAGAAGAAAACCUCAUGUUGUUGUUCAAAGGCUGUGGAGAGAUUGUACAGGUAUAUUUGCAGCCUAAACCAUCAGGGAUGCCAUCAAAGAAGAGUUUUUUUUCUACAGAAGAAUCUAUAAAGUCUGUCCAGGUUGCAUAUGUGGUGUUUAAAAAGCCAAAUGGUGUGAAAAAUGCCUGCAGCAUGACUUACAGCCAAGUUAGAUACUUGUCUGACAAAACGGUUCCACUGGUCUCUGGUUUGAGAGCUUAUUGUGAAGAAUACAAACAGUUGCCUGAUGUCGCUGCCAUUGAGAAAGAGGCAGAAGCUUACAUGGCAGUAUACUACAAAAAGAAGGAAGAAGAAGAGAAGAAAGACAAACAGCUUGAAGGAGUACCAGACGAAGAAGGCUUUAUCAAAGUCACACGCCAUGGCAAGAAUAAAGGAGGCAGGAGAACUGAAGAAACUGAAAGAAAGGGACAUGAACACAUAAGGAGUAGGAGGAAGAAAAAUGAACUAAAGGACUUCUAUACUUUCCAGUUCAGGGAGACUAAAAAGACACACAUUGCUGAACUGCAGGCUAAGUUUGAAGAGGACAAGAAAAGAGUUAAAGAGAUGAGGAUGGCCAGAAAGUUCAAACCCUUUUAA